AUGCCUCGACAAAGCUCGCUUGCAUUCAUCCCGCUCCUCACCCUCUACAUCUUGGCCCUCACUUAUCUCUCCCCUUCAGCUCACGCCCACCCCUUCCUCGCCUCUGUCUCUGACAAUAUUGGCGGAAACGACAACUCACAGCGCCCGUUCAACUCGCACCGCCACCCCAGUUCGCGAUAUGGCUCGCCGGUGACCAUCCUUUCAGAGGGCCAGGAACUUCCUGACGAAACGCUUUCGCUUCGACACCUCCUGCACCAUGGCGGCGAUCGGUACCCGGGCCUGUUUCGGAGGAUGGACCUGGAAGCGUCAGAUAUUCAACGAUCAGAGCUGUUGACGGGUGAGUCGCUUGUCCAUCGAGUCAAGGUGAAGGGCACCACGACUCUUAAACCCAGGGACCAGUCCUAUCGGAAUCAGGGGUUCAGGUCAUUUGAUACUUCGAUUGGUCCUGAGUCGUGGACCAAACAGGUUGUUCCAGCUCCCGAUGUGACAGACAAGGAGUCCGUCCUUCAACUCUCCAAGAUGAACUACAACUCUUACACCGAGGUAGCCAGUCCUGGUUGGUAUGACCUUGAGGGCAAUUGGUCUGUCAACUCGACCUUUGGCUGGGAGGAAGACGGCCUUCGCGGUCAUGUGUUUGCCUCGGCAGACAAUUCGACACUUAUCAUCGCCAUCAAAGGCACAAGUGCUGCCAUUCUUGGCGGAGGUGGCGGCACGUCCACGCGUGACAAGAUCAACGACAACCUCCUCUUUUCGUGCUGCUGUGCCAAGGUGGACAGAACCUGGCGUGGUGUCUGCGAUUGUAAUACUGGUGGAUACCAAUGUGACCAGACGUGCGUCGAGAACAGCGUUCAAAGCGGAGAUAUCUAUUACGGGAUCGCCAUGACACUUUUGUGGGCAGUCCAGGAUAUGUAUCCGGGCGCAGAGGUCUGGCUGACAGGACACAGUCUGGGAGGCGGACUCACCGCCUUGCUGGGACUGACGUUUGGUAUCCCAACAGUGACUUUUGAGACACCAGGAGACCGUCUUGCUGCCCAGAGACUGCAUCUUCCCAUGCCACCAGCCAUCAACUGGGACGAUUUCCCACUCUUUCACAUUGGACAUACUGCUGAUCCAAUCUUUCAAGGAGUUUGCAACGGCCCUGCUAGCACAUGCUACUACUCUGGCUUUGCCAUGGAAAGCAAAUGUCACACGGGGCGGACAUGCGUGUAUGACCCUGUCACGGAAGAUAAUUGGAAGGUCGACAUCCGAACACAUCGACUGUUUGAUACGAUUGAAGGCGUCAUCAAGGUCAAGGAGGUUCCACCCUGCAAGACCGAGGUUGACUGCAAAGAUUGUGAACUCUGGGAGUACAAGUAG